CUCCCUCUUCCGCUGCACAGGUAACUUGCGCAUGACGUCAGAGCAUGAAGGGAGGAAACUGGCUGUGUAUGAUCUCCAAGUUUUUCCUUUCAAACAGAGGCUAAACACACGGAUAAAGAUAUGUGUGAUUUUGACAAGCAGAAGGGCCCUGGGCGGCUGAUGAAGAAAGGACUGACCCUCAUCGUCAUUGGUCAUGUUAACUUCAUCCUCAGUGCAAUUGUCCAUGGCAGUGUAUUACGCCAUGUGUCCAAACCAAGCAAUGAGAUCUCUACAGAAUACACUGUAUCAAACAUCAUCUCCGUCUCAUCAGGACUGUUGAGCAUUGGAAGUGGAAUUGUUGCCAUAUUGGUGUCAAGGAAUAUUGCCAAUUGGAAACUACACAUCGGUCUGUUAGUGAGUUCCUUUCUGAAUGCUCUGCUCACGCUGGCGUGUUUACUGGGGCUGAUUCUGGCCAUCAGUUUGACCAUUUCAGGAGACGGGUCAGCACUCAUGAAAGGAUGUAAUUCCACUAAUAUGCCUGUGAAUGCACGCUCUCCGGUCAUCGUCAACUGCCCUUUUGAUGCCACACGCAUCUAUGACACAACUCUUGCUCUGUGGUUCACCUGUGGUGCGUUCACUGCAGUGGAGGCCGGUCUGUCCGUUUGGUGCUUUAUUGUGGGUCUCCAGUUAAGAGGCAUCGGCCCUUGUGCACAAAACUACAUCAGAGAGCAGCUGGAGGAGGAGGCACAGGCAUCCAGAUCAAAGAUGGAGGAAGACCACACAACACAAGGAGUGCGUCUCAUUGCACAUCACUCAGCCAGCCCUUAAAGAGAGAGAGAGACAAUGCUGAAGUUCAGGUGGAAUAUUUACAUGCUGUCUGUGAUUAUGCCUCUGUAGUGAAAUACACCAUAAUGGUAGAUUUCACACGGAGCAACAUUUUGUAUUUGUGUUAUUUGAUAAUGUUGUUUUUGUAGGUUAUUUGAAGCACUGAGGUUAUGAUGCAGACUGUGUGUCAAUUAAACUUAAACUUUAGGAACGCUCUAUUUUUUUAAAACAUAGGCACAUUUUACAAUGCUUCAAGAGUUAAACAGUUGAGUUGUAUUAUUGUUAGAUCCAUUAAACUGAUCUCCGGGUGGGGUGGGAACACUUUUAGCUUAGCAUAAUUCAUUGAAUCGGAUUACACCAUUAGCAUCUCUGUCAGAUAAAAAAAUAAAGAAUGAGAGUGCACUCAAAAAAUGAGUGCUGCUUGCUUGUUCAAACUACUUAUUUAGAAUAAGCUGAAUCAACACAAUUCUUUUUUGCGGGAGGGGGCAACUUAAUUGUAUUAUGUUCAAUCUGCUUAAAUUUUUUAUUGGAAUUAAGUUAACUUUAAGUUAAGUUUUUAUGUAAGGACAACAUGAAGGGAAUUGUUUAAAACCAAGCAUGUUUUACAGUGUAUAGUUCCUAGCCAUGUCAGCCUAGAUAAUAGCAACAUUUAAUUUUUCGUCAGAUUUAGUAAAUGAUGCAACUACAGCGGAGUCAAGCUUUAAAUAUUAAAAUGAUCAAAUAUAUUUUUGACUAAACCAUUUUCAGCAGAGAUGUUUUUAUUAGAUGCAAUGAGAGAGUGAAAUUCUAAAAUCCUUUUUGAAAUUGAGUGAGAUGCUAAUGGUCUAAUCCAAUUUAAUUAUCUAUGCUAAGCUAAGCUAAAAGUUCUCUGAAAUCGACUAAAUGGAUUACAGAAUGUUUGUAAAAACUUGUAAAAUGAGCAUAUAUCCAAAAAUACUUGUUCCUUUAAAUAAGUUAGUUAAAUCUUUUCCGUCUACUAUAGAUUGUAAUUAAUCCCAAAACAACAUUGACGGUGUUCAUUAUGUAGUUUUUUAUGUAGUUACAAAUUAUCUCAUCAUUUUUUGACUAAAUCAUUGUCAGCAGAGAGGUUUUUAAUGUUAGAAAAGCUGCUUUGUUGCCAAGUGUUGCCCUGUCGUUUUAAUAUAAGCAAUGAAAUUAUAAAUCACUGAAUCCUUUUUUUAAAUUGAGCAAGAUGCUAAUGGUCUGAUCCAAUUCAUUGAUUUAUGCUAAGCUAAGCUAAAAGUUCUCAGAAACUGACUAAAUGGAUUAGAAAAUGUUUGUAAAAACUUGUAACAUGAGCCUGUUUCCUAAAAAUGUUGAGUGUUCCUAUAAGUAAGUUAAAUUUUCAACCAAAUUGUUUUCUAGCUACUUCUAUAGAUUGUAACUAAUCCCAAAACAACAUAGACGGUAUUAAUUUAUGUUGUUACAAAAUUUUUUAUUUAUUUAUUUUUGACUAAACCAUUGUCAGCAGAGAUGGGGCUUUUUAUGUUGGAAAGGCUGCUUUGUUUUCAAGUGUUGCCAUGUCCUUUUAUUAUAAGCAAUGAGAGUGUAAAACCAUCAAAUCCUUUUUGAAAUUGAGUAAGAUGCUAGUGGUCUAAUCCAAUUCAAUAAUCUAUGCUAAGCUAAAAGUGCUCGAAGAUUGGCAGAAUUGAUUUAAAAAUGGUAAAACUCAACUGUUUAACUUGUAACAUGAGCCUAUUUCCAAAAAAAAGUUCAGUGUUCCUUUGAAAAAAUUCGGUUCGAAAACUCAACUUAUUUAAGUCUCUUUCUAUAGAUUGUAAUUAAUCCUUAAAACUACACAAUGAAUACAGUCCAUGUUGUUUAUGUAGUUGCAAAUUGUCUAAAUAUUUUUUUAAUAAUCCAUUGUCAGCAGAGAUGUUUUUAAUGUUAGAAAAGCUGCUUUGUUGCCAAGUGUUGCCCUGUUCUUUUAUUAUAAGCAAUGCAUAAAAUUAUUGAAUCCGUUUUGAAAUUGAGUGAGAUGCUAAUGGUCUAAUCCAAUUUAAUGAUCUAUGCUAUGCUAAGCUAAAAGUGCUCUGAGAUUGGGGGAAUUGAUUUAAAAAGGCUAAAACUCAACAGUUUGACUUGUAAGAUCAGCCUAUUUCCAAAAAAGAUGAGUGUUUCUUUAAAUAAGUUAAGUUUUCAAACCAAAUCUUUUCAGUUUAGUUGUAUAGAUUGUAAUUAAAUCCAAAAACAGCAUAUACUGUAUUCUUUUAGUUUUUUUAUGUAGUUACAAAUGAUCUUUUUUUUUUUUUUGCUAAAUCAUUGUCAGCAAAGAUGUUUUUAAACUUCAGAAAGGCUGCUUUGUUGCCAUAUCCUUUUAUUUUAAGCAAUGAGAGUAUAAAAUUAUUAAAUUUAAUUUGAGCAAGAUGCUAAUGGUCUAAUCCAAUUCAAUGAUCUAAGCUGAGCUAAAAGUGCUUGGAGAUAGGCUCAAUGGAUUCAAAAAUGUUUGUAAAAUGAGCCCAAAUCCAAAAAAAAAAUUUGAGUGUUUCUUUAAAUACGUUGAGUUUUUGAACCAGUUUUCUGUCCAUUUGUAUAGAUUGUAAUUAAUUCCAAAACAAACAACGUAGACAGUUGGGCUGCAUGAUAUCGAAAAAGUCAACAAAGUCAUUUGUUUUUCUGCAAUAUUGUGAUAUGAAUACAGUUUCAGCAGAGGAUUUAAAUAGAUCUUUUUAGGAAGAAUUCAAGUACAUAACUUGAAUAAUGAAAUGUAAAUAUAGUCUUCAUUGUAUAAUUAAUUCAAUAAUAAAAAAAAAAAACAAGUAGUACUAUUUCUUGAGUCAGAAUAUGUUAAACUCUCUUGAUUGAGAGCCACAGACCUUAAAAACAUGUCAAUGAUAAACUUUUGCUCCAUUGAGGUUAAAAUCUCCAAUGACUGGCUCCUGGUCAAAUAUAAUUCCAAUUCCACAUUUUGACUAUUGUGGAUGCACACAUUACAAUAUCGUCGCUGAAGCAAUAUAAUGUGCAGCCCUAAUAGACUGUAUUCACUAUGUAGUUUUUUUAUGUAAUUGCAAAUUUGUUUUUGUUUACAUUGAAACUUGUGCAUAAUUUCAGAAUUAAGUUUUCUAAAGUGAGCUUUUGUAUGCUUAAAAAAGAUAUUAUGUUAUUGUUGUCAGAUAUACUGAAUAUCAUUGUAUUUUAGUUUGAAAGGAUGCAACUGUUUUGACUACUUAGUGCCAAAGAUUGAUCUCUUUAUUGGCGGUAGAUAUACAAAUAUUUCAUUGGCAGUGUGUCAGAGUGCCGUGAGAGACAUUAAUGGCUCAAUGAUGCAGGGAAAAUCUCCCAUUGGCAGAUGAUCCAGCGUGAUUUAAGUAGUUAAUGCUGAGGGAUAGAGACAUGACUGACAGUCAAAACAAAGAGAUUUCCCUCUCCAUGAUCUGUGGGAUUUCAUUUCAAAACAGUGUUUGUUUAGAGAGCCGUCAUUUUGCUUUUAAUUCCUGACGGAUUACAGAAAAGUCCCUCAUUCCAAUGCAGAACCUUUAAUGUCUACAUUUCAUUUUAUUACGUUUUUUUUUUUUUGAUCUUGUAUGUAUGUAGUUGUUAUCAGUGUGCGUUAUAUUUGAAUAAAUACAUAUUGAUAUGACCAA